AUGAAAAGUAGUAAUUCUGCAAAUAAAAUUUCUGUGUUUAAACUGUAUGAUAAAAUAGAAACACAUUUACGUGCGUCAGAAAGUUUAAAGGUUACAACCGAGAAAUAUGCCAGUAUGUUGUAUCCUCUUGUUGUAGCCUGUUUACCGGAUUAUAUUUUGAGAAUAUGGGAAAGAAAUUUAGCCUCAGCUGACAAAGGUAGUUUAACAAACAAAUUAGAACUUUUGAUGACAUUUCUGAAGAAAGAAGUUGAAGGUGAAGAGAGAAUAACAAUGGUCAGACAAGGGUUUAAUGUAGAAUGUCGAUCACAAACGAAAGCAUUUCCGAAACAUAAACAUGGAGGAAGGCAGAAUGAAAUACCGACAGCUGCAGGACUUUUAAACAACGAAUUGACAAAAGCAAAACCUACAAAAAAGGUGAAUUGUAUUUUUUGUGGUGAGAACCACAACUGUGUAGAAUGUAAAUCCGCUAGAUGUAUGUAUUUAGAUCAAAGAAAACAGAUUUUGUUAAAGAAAGGUGUGUGUUUUACUCGUUUAACUCCAAGUAAUUUAUCUAAAGAUUGUAGAAAAUUUGUGAAGUGUACAAACUGUUUUAGCAAAUAUUAUUUGCUUAUGUGUCCAAACGUAAGUAAGUGCAGGGAAACCGAAAAGGAUAAACAUGAUCAGAAGGUCGAAAUUACAGGGCAUACUCUGACGAAUCAGACAAGUAUGCCUGAAGUACUGAUGCAAACUCUGAAGGUCCGAAUUCAUGGAAAUCAGAAUCAACAGCUUAUUAGAGCCCUCGUUGACACUGGGUCUCAAAGAUCAUAUAUUAUGAAAGAACUGGCAUCAGAUAUGGGGUAUAAAUCAGUGGGUGAAGGAAAAAUGAAACUUAGUCUUUUCAGAGGUACAAAAUUACUGAAGGAACAUAAAAAAUAUCACAAGAUAAUAAGUAAUAUAGAAGGUACUUAUAAAUGCAUUUUUGAAGUUAAUGACCAAAAGGAAAUAUGUGCUGCUGUAAAGAGUGUGACUAAGGGAAUGUGGAUGAAAUAA